CUUCCUUUUUCGCAGUUCGCACGUUAGAACUGAAUCACACCCAAUAACUUGCUAGCCGACUAGACGUUCCUCUUUCGCACGGUAGAACUGAAGCAUCCAAGAAGAAGAGCUUCUUUCUUUGCUACAAUGUCUGCUUCUCGUCUUCUCCUUCUUCAAGGUAUGGCUUCUCUGAGUUACUCCUCACUUCGUUCUUCUCUCAGAUCGGCCUCUUUGCAUACCUCCAAAUCUUCAAUAAAAAACCACAAUUUUGGAUUCAAAGGCAUCGAUGAUGCUGUUGAAUGCUUUAAUCGGAUGGUUCACAUGCACCCUCCACCUUCUACGUUCGAAUUUAAUCGAUUGUUUGCUUCAAUCGUGAAAAUGAAUCACUAUUCAGCCGUGAUUUCACUGGCUAAAUCUAUGGAGCUGUUUGGUAUUAGGCACAAUAUCUAUACUUAUAGUAUAUUGAUGAACUGUCUUUGUUGUUUGAGGCGUGUGGAUUUUGGGUUCUCUCUUCUGGGGAAAAUCCUUAAACUUGGUCUCCAACCUGAUACUGUAACAUUUACCACCAUCAUCAAGGGGUUGUGCGCUGAGGGUAAAGUUACACAUGCUGUGAGAUUUUUUGAUGAGAUGGUGGAUAAUGGUUAUCAACCAGAUGUAGUUACUUACACCAUAAUGAUAAAUUCUUUCUGUAAAAUAGGUUAUACUCACGUGGCAGUCCAAUUACUCAAAAAAAUGAAAAAUAGAGGUUGUAAACCAGAUGUAGUGGCAUAUAAUACAGUCAUUGAUAGCCUAUGCAAGGACAUGCAAUUUGACAAUGCUUUCAAUCUGUAUUUGGAAAUGAUUGAUCAAUGUGUCACACCAGAUGUCUUCAUUUAUAGCUCUUUAAUUAAAGGUGCAUGCAAUUCAGGCCAAUGGAAUAAGACUACAAGGUUAUGGAAUGAAAUGAUUGCAAAGAAGAUCACACCAGAUGUCAUCACUUUCAAUAUUAUCAUUGAUAAUCUCGGUAAAGAAGGGAAGAUUUUAGAGGCUGAAUCUGUGCUUGAGAAGAUGAUUGAGAUCGAUGUGGAACCCGACAUGUUUACGUAUCGUACAUUGAUGGACGGAUAUUGUCUCGUAGGCCAAAUUGAUAAGGCAUUGAAAGUGUUUUAUUCGAUUACUAAAAAGGGUUUUCAACUUGAUGUUAUUAGUUAUAAUAUAUUAAUCAAUGGAUGUUGUAAGAGUAAACGUAUUGGGAAAGCAAUGACACUUUUUAGUGAUAUGAAUUCCAUAGGAUUGUGUGCUAACACUAUUACAUACAAUACCCUUAUAAGUGGAUUGUGCAAGGUAGGCAAAGUUCAAGCGGCAAAAAAAUUUCUCAAGGAGAUGUGUGCACGCGGUCAUACUCCAAACUUGAUAACUUACAACACUCUAUUGGAUGGUUUAUGCAAGCAUGGGCGUCUUGAUGAGGCAUUAGCGUUGUUUAAAGCAAUGCAAGGAAGUGGGUUGGAACUAGGUAUUGUAACUUAUAACACCAUCAUUGAUGGUUUAAUUAAGGGCGGGAAUCUUAAUAUUGCAAGGAACUUGUUUUCCAGCUUGUGUGUCAAGGGCCUAAAUCCGGAUACAAAAACGUAUAAUAUUUUGAUCAAUGGCCUCUGUAAAGAAGGGCACUUAAGUGAAGCAUAUGACCUCAUCAGGGAAAUGGAAGAUACUGAAUACUCUCCAGAUGAAGGUACUUACAAUACAAUCAUUCGAGGAUUAUUCCGAAACAACAACACUUCUUUGGCGGUGCAACUUCUUCGAGAAAUGGUUGGUAAGGGGUUCUCAGGACAUGCAUCUACUGCGGAGAUGGUAGUGGAUUUGUUAUCUAACGAUGCAUAUGACAAAUCGGUUUCCAAUGAACUUCGUACGCUACUGCUUGCCUUGGUGUUCAUCUACUUGAUGUGCUCAACAGGUGAUAUGGUUGUAAGUGACAGCAAGCAUUCAGUUUCAGGGGGUUACUCUUCUAGAAGAUUUUACAAAUCUAAACCUGAAAUCGCAAAGCCUCUCUUUCUUCGCCUCUUCAAAUCGUUGAAUGUAUAUGAACCUGAGAUCGCAAAGCCUCUUCUCUUCUGCAGUGUAUGUGCUCAGCAUAAGAAGCACCCUAUGAAGACAAACGGGAUGCCCUUCGCUCUCCAAUCUCCAUCGCUAGCUCUAUAUCAGAGUUAUGGAGUUGCACAUCAUAGGUUAUCUCUUGGUUUUUGUGGUUCCUACAGCACCAGCUAUUCUGAACUUGAUGUGGGACGCAUAAUUUGCAGUAUCCAGCAUACAAAGUGUAGAUGGUGCAGCUCAAGUAGUAGAGAGAUUCUGAUGUUGAAGGGGAUUGUCUCUACUGGGCAUCAGUUAAUUGAGGAGGAUUCUUUACUUGAUGAGAUGGGAGGAAGGAUCUGCAAUGGCGGCGCUGCUGAGAAGGUAUUGAUAUCUGGUUGCUAUGGACAUACAGGAAGAGAAAAGCCAGAAAUCUCUUUACUUCAUCCCCAGCCUUUUGUUGCUGAAAUGUCCAAUUUUAAACACGAAGAGAGAACUUCACAUUUAUUUACUAGUACUAGGAUGGACUAUAUGGGUCUUCCACCAUACGCAUUGCCUGAUGAUGCCGAAGUUGGCCUUACAGAGACCUUCCACUUUCGCAGUUCGCACGGUAUGGCUUCUCUGAGUUACUCCUCACUUCGUUUUUCUCUUAGGUCGGCCUCUUUGCAUACCUCCAAAUCUUCAAUAAACAACCACAAUUUUGGAUUCAACGGCAUCGAUGAUGCUGUUGACUGCUUUAAUCGGAUGGUUCACAUGCACCCUCCACCUUCUACGUUCGAAUUUAAUCGAUUGUUUGCUUCAAUCGUUAAAAUGAAUCACUAUUCAGCGGUGAUUUCAAUGGCUAAAUCUAUGGAGCUGUUUGGUAUCAAGAAUGAUAUCUGUACUUUUAAUACAUUGAUGAACUGCUUUUGUUCUUUGAGGCGUGUGGACUUUGGGUUUUCUCUUCUGGGGAAAAUCCUUAAACUGGGUCUCGAACCUGAUACGGUAACAUUUACCACCAUCAUCAAAGGGUUGUGCGCUGAGGGUAAAGUUGCACAUGCUGUGAGAUUUUUUGAUGAGAUGGUGGAUAAUGGUUAUCAACCAAAUGUAGUUACUUACACCACAAUGAUAAAUCCUUUCUGUAAAAUAGGUUAUACUCACGUGGCAGUCCAAUUACUCAAAAAAAUGGAAAAUAGAGGUUGUAAACCGGAUGUAGUGACAUAUAAUACUGUCAUUGAUGGCCUAUGCAAGGACAUGCAAUUUGACAAUGCUUCCAAUCUGUAUUUGGAAAUGAUUCAUCAAGGUGUUACACCAGAUGUCUUCACUUAUAGCUCUUUAAUUAAAGGUGCAUGCAGUUCAGGCCAAUGGAAUAAGACUACAAGGUUAUGGAAUGAAAUGAUUGCAAGGAAGAUCACACCAGAUGUCAUCACUUUCAAUAUUAUCAUUGAUAAUCUUGGUAAAGAAGGGAAGAUUUUAGAGGCUGAAUCUGUGCUUGAGAAGAUGAUUGAGAUCGCUGUGGAACCCGACAUGUUCACUUAUCGUGCAUUGAUGGACGGAUAUUGUCUAGUAGGCCGAAUUGAUAAGGCCUUGAAAGUGUUUUAUUCGAUUACUAGAAAGGGUUUUGGACUUGAUGUUAUUAGUUAUAAUAUAUUAAUCAAUGGAUGUUGUAAGAGUAAAUGUAUAGGGAAAGCAAUGACACUUUUUAGUGAUAUGAAUUCCAUAGGAUUGUGUGCUGACACUAUUACAUACAAUACCCUUAUAAGUGGAUUGUGCAAGGUAGACAAAGUUCAAGCGGCAAAAAAUCUUCUCAAGGAGAUGUGUGCACGCGGUCAUACUCCAAACUUGAUAACUUACUCAAGUCUAUUGGAUGGUUUAUGCAAGCAUGGGCGUCUUGAUGAGGCAUUAGCGUUGUUUAAAGCAAUGCAAGGAAGUGGUUUGGAACUAGAUAUUGUAACUUAUAACACCAUCAUUGAUGGUUUAAGUAAGGGCGGGAAUCUUAAUAUUGCAAGGAACUUGUUUUCCAGCUUGUGUGUCAAGGGCCUAAAUCCUAAUACAAAGACGUAUAAUAUUUUGAUCAAUGGCCUCUGUAAAGAAGGGCACUUAAGUGAAGCAUAUGAGCUCAUCAGGGAAAUGGAAGAUACUGAAUACUCUCCAGAUGAAGGAACUUACAGUACAAUCAUUCGAGGAUUAUUCCGAAACAACAACACUUCUUUGGCGGUGCAGCUUCUUCGAGAAAUGGUUGGUAAGGGGUUCUCAGGACAUGCAUCUACUGCGGAGAUGGUAGUGGAUUUGUUAUCUAACAAUGCAUAUGACAAAUCAGUUUCCAAUGAACUUCGUAUGCUACUGUUAACUUGAUCUUUGAUUCAUGAAUGAGACCUGUUGUUCAUAAGUGAGUGUUCAGGGUAAAUUGUAAUCGUAUCAUCAUCAAGCAACCAAGUGAGUACAAUCUUACCAAGUUGGAUAAUGCUAAUGGAAGUCAUAAAUCUAUGAGUCUGUACGUUUUUGUAAAAAUUCAUGAUAUCAGGCUUGCCUUGGUGAUCUCUAAUACUAUUGCUCUUAGAACAGGUGUGCCAACAAGAAGAGAAUCCAAUAUCUAUCACAAAUAAGAUUUUUGUGGUGCUGCAACAUCUUCUACAAGAGUUGCCUUACUCCUACAAGCAUGUCAGAAAUAUGUGUGCUCUGGUGGUGGCAGUUAAGGGGCCUGGUGAUGAGUUUUCCGUAUAUGGACUUAUUUGAUUAGGGUUAUGUAAAUGUUAUUAUAUGAAAUGUUAGUGUAUUUGUGGUGCUUGGAUCUGCAUAUAUUAAUGCUCUCCAGGACCAGCUAAUUGAACAUUGACUGUAAUCUAUACUAUAUAUUAAAAUGGGUGUUUGGAUCUGCA